CUUCUUUUUCUCUCUCUUCCCUUUUAAAGGUCGUACACUUUUUCUCACUCUAAACCAAACCCUGAUACAAUUAAACAACAAUAAAACCCCACCCCAUAUAUAUUUGGACUUGCCACCCGUAUUUCAUGUUCUUUCCUUUUUCAUUCCCCCACCUCCCCUUUCUUUCUCCUCUCCUCUCCUCCCAAACCGAAAGCAAAGAACAAGUACCUCUUUAUAGUCUCAAGAUAGAGUGAUAUAUUCAUACACAAACAGAGAGAGAGAGAGAGAGAGAGAGAGAGAGAGAAGAUCCAUCAAGAAGAAAUUACUCGUUUACGUGCAUAUGGCUGUUGAAGCCCGGAAUCUCAACCUCUUCCCUUCUCAACUCAUAGGAAACAGAGAAAUGAUGAGCGCAAUGGAAGGUAAUCUGAAUAUCUACAACACUCUUCCACCAGGAUACGGGUUGCCUCCGUUGUCAGGAACGACGACGGACACUCUGCCUUUUCCGAUGUACGGCUCUGCUGUUACGGAUUCAAUUCCGGCUCCCAAGCCCGCAAUGAAGGCCGAUAGCGGUCUCACCUACGCCUUCCCUGUUUCAAGAAAGCGCUCCAGAGAUUCUACUAAUCCAUUGGUCUCCUUUCCCAACGGCCAGAUCCUCAAUCACAGCAAUAGUAACAAUCACUCCAGUAACUGCGGUGGUUUCUUUACGUUUCUCGGCGAAGACAUUUCGUUACAGAUCCAGCAGCAACAGUUGGAGAUCGAUCGUUUCCUCACUCAACAUACUGAGAAGGUGAGAAUGGAGAUGGAGGAGCAGAGGAAGCGAAAUUCGAGGAGGAUAAUAGCGGCAGUUGAGGAAGGGAUAACGAAGAAAUUGAGAGCGAAGGAGAUAGAGGUGGAGAAGAUUGGCAAGUUGAAUUGGGCGCUGGAAGAAAGAGUCAAGUCGCUGUGCGUUGAAAAUCAGAUAUGGAGAGAAUUGGCUCAAACGAAUGAGGCCACGGCCAACGCUCUUAGAAGCAACCUGGAGCAGGUGUUGGCUCAUGUUAACAAUAAUGACCACCGCUGUGGUGGCACAUUGGACGACGCCGGUUUGAUGGACGAUGCUCAGUCGUGCUGCGGCAGCAAUUACGGUGGUGGUGACGAGGAGGAGCGCACUUUAACGGAUAUUGGAGGUGAGGGGAAGGUGGUGAAGGAUAAGGGUUGUGAAAACAGCAGCAGCAGGAUGUGUAGGCAGUGUGGGAAGGAGGAGUCGUGCGUGUUGCUGUUGCCGUGCAGGCACCUCUGCCUCUGUACUGUUUGUGGGUCGUCGGUCCAAGCGUGCCCAGUUUGUAACUCCGUCAAGGACGCUAGUUUGCGCGUUAUCAUGUCCUCUUGAAUUUCAGUGCAAAUAGAAAAAGCUUGUAGAAAAAAAAAAAAAAACAAACAAAGAGAAAAAAGUUUCAUCAAA